CUUCAAACAAUUUCAUUUGCACAUUCCCAAAACAACAAGUUUCAUUAGACUUUCUCUCGUCUAUUCUUCAAUCCACGUCAUAUCAUCAUUGAAAAAUGGCCGUUGCUAUACCGGAGUAUUGUCGGCGCCUACUAUGGAACUCAAGAGCAUUCAUACAGUUGGCCAGAAACGCCAUAGCAACUAGCAGUCCAUUCUGGAUACCUGCGGUAGCCUUGGUAGGAAACCGGAGCUAUUUACAUACUGUGGCCCGAGGCAGCGACUAUCCGCUUUCACACCGCUACCAAUAUUCAGCUGGACCUUCAUGGCUACUGACGAUGCAAAAGGCUACCCACGGUACACCGACUGAGAGCGAGGAGGAUGUCGUCGCGGAUCGCUCGACAGAAGAUCCACUUCCUCCAGAGAAGCACCACACGAUCCGAAUGCCUGCUGGGGAUGCAGGUCCUAAGCCCACAGAGUCAGAGGAAGAUGUGGUUGCAGACCGGACAGAUGACGACCCUCUGCGCCCAAAAGAGAUGCCUCGACGCAAAACCAAUUAG